AAGGUAGGAGGCAGGAAAGAACAGCUCAAAUGGCUCCUUCCUGACUUUAGAGAAAGGUUCAAUUCAACUGAAACUCCAAAUCCAAAGUGGGAAGUAAGCCAAAACCAAAGCAAAAGCAACCAAUUUUCUCAUCAUCAGCCUUUCAUCUCCACAUCAUAACUUCUCUACUGUGUCUUUUUUGUUAGAUAGAAGUUUUUGGUGAAGAUUUAUUGAGGUAAAGGUGCCUUCUUUGCACAGUCUCUCUCUCUCUCUCUCUGUGUGGAGAUUAGGGAGGUUGAUGAUCGUGUAUGAUUGCAUAUAAUUCGUGGGUUUUGGUGGGUCUUUGAUUCUGUGAGAAUCGGCUGAGCUAAGGAUGUUUGGAUGUGGGUGUUUCUAUUGGAACCAAGUCUCUGACUUAUGUUGGCCAGAGCCACAGUACUCAGAGCCCAAGCCUUUCUCUUUGCCUUCACCUCUACCGGAAUGGCCUCAAGGCCAAGGCUUCGGUACUGGAAGCAUAAACCUUGGGGAAAUAGAAGUUAUCAAAAUCACCAAGUUUGAAAGUGUUUGGAGGUCCAAUCUAUUGCGUGGCAAAUCCAAAGGUGCUACAUUCUACAAGCCUGUGGGUAUUCCAGAUGGCUUUUACUGCCUCGGCUACUAUUGUCAGCGCAAUGACCAGCCCCUGAGAGGUUAUGUUCUUGUGGCUCGUGACAUCAAAGCUUCCAAACCAGAAGUCGGUUGUGACUGUGACUCAAUAUUAGAGUCUCCAGCUCUGAGAAAACCACUCAGUUACUCACUGAUUUGGAGUGAAAAAUUCCAGAAUUAUGGGUCGGGUUAUUUUUGGUUGCCAAAUCCUCCGGAGGGUUAUAAAGCCAUGGGAGUUGUGGUCACUGACAACCCAGAAGAGCCUAAACCCGAAGAAGUCAGAUGUGUCCGCAAGGAUCUUACAGAGACCUGUGAGACAUUUGAUCUUAUGCUUUCAACAGAUUCACAAUCUAAUAACUACCCAUUUCAGGUGUGGAACACAAGACCUUGUAUGAGGGGGGUGUUGGGUAGAGGGGUUUCUGUAGGGACAUUCAUUUGUGGCACCGACUUGAGCUCUGAAGACAAUCUGCUAGAUGUUGCAUGCUUGAAAAAUCUUGAUUCUUCCCUACUUGCGAUGCCUAAUGUGAACCAGAUUCACGAACUCAUCAAGAACUAUGGCCCUACAGUAUUUUUCCAUCCUGAUGAGGAUUGUUUGCCCUCAUCGGUGCCAUGGUUUUUCAAAAAUGGGGCAGUUGUUUAUGAAGAUGGAAAAAAUAAGGGUCAACCAAUUGAUUACAGGGGGUCGAACUUGCCCCCGGGAGGAGAAAAUGAUGGGGCGUACUGGAUUGAUCUGCCAACUGAUGAUGAUGCAAGAAAUGAUGUCAAAAGCGGAAACUUGGAAAGUUCUGAGCUCUAUGUUCAUGUCAAACCAGCUCUAGGAGGGACAUUUACUGAUAUUGUGAUGUGGGUUUUUUGUCCUUUCAAUGGACCAUCUACCAUCAAAAUCAAGCUAAUGAGUAUAGCAAUGAACAGACUAGGACAACAUGUAGGUGAUUGGGAGCACUUCACACUCCGUGUGAGUAACUUCACGGGAGAGCUAUGGCAAGUUUUCUUCUCACAGCAUAGUGGAGGUGAAUGGGUGGAUGCUUCGAACUUGGAUUUCAUUCAAGGAAACAAGCCAAUAGUUUAUUCAUCAAAACACGGUCAUGCUAGUUUUCCCCACCCUGGAAUCCACCUUCAAGGGUCUUCAAAGCUUGGAAUUGGAGCGAGAAAUGAUUGUGCUCGAAGCAAUUUCUUUGUAGAUUCAAGCACCAAGUAUCAGAUAAUAGCAGCAGAGUAUCUUGGAGAUGGAGUUGUUGCAGAACCAUGCUGGCUGCAAUAUAUGAGAGAAUGGGGACCAACCAUAGUGUAUGAUUCACGUUCAGAAAUAGAAAAGAUCAUUCAUCUUCUUCCAUUUUUCGCCCGUUUUUCAGUUGAGAUUCUCUUUGACCUGUUUCCCACCGCGCUUUAUGGCGAAGAAGGGCCUACCGGACCAAAGGAGAAGGACAAUUGGUUGGGAGAUGAGAUUUGUUGACUUUUCCCUGGAUAAAACUCCAAUCUUCCAUGCUUCCUUGCAUAUCUACCUAUGGUUUCUGCAGUUUCUGCUUUGUCAGCAGUCAUAGGAAACCAUUGCUCUUUUCUUCUAUGGUUGUUAUGUGACAAAUUCUUCUUGGGUUCAUCAGCUUAUGCAAGGAGAUUCGGAUUCUUCUGCAGAUUAGUUGAUUUCCUUCAAGAGAUUACACAUUCAUAAUCAGUAAAGAUGGAGAGUGAAAUGAACACCCCCCCCCCCCAACAUGAAUGAGUCUUAGCUUCGGAAACUAGAGCUGCCUGGUCAAGGAAAAAUGAAAAAUCUCCAUGGAUUGAAGGCUUGAAGCUACUUAUCAUAUGAUGGCUUGUGUAUUCCCAGAAGCAUUCUCCUGAUUUACAUUGUCAAUUGUAUUGUUAGCAAUUAGCAUUGUUGUUUCAUCAAGGUCUGUAUGUGUUGGGGGAUGAAAAUUCCAUUACAUUACAUAAAUGUAAUACUGAAGCGCGGAGAAAAUUUAGUGGAAUUCUAUGGCGCCACAUCAGCAUAUUACGCGUGUACACAUUUUAAUUUGGUGAAGUUGAAAUAUUUUUAAUUUUAUUUUUUUAAA